AUGCGUCUCUCUUCUUUCCUCUUCGGCUUGCUGCCGCUUUUGUCGGUGUCGGUGUCUGCUUCUCCAUCGACACAGCUCCAGUCCAGAGCCCCAUCCACCUUCUCCCGCCGCGUCAUCUUCACCCCGCCAGCAAACUACUCCGACCCGCGCGUCCUGUACGCCCGCUCUGCAGAGCUCUCAGACGGCACGCUCCUCGCAACAUGGGAGAACUACAGCCCCGAGCCCCCGCUAGUCUACUUCCCCAUCUACCAAUCCCGCGACAACGGCUACACCUGGCACGAGCUGUCCCGCGUGCAAGACACACAGAAGAACUGGGGUCUCCGCUACCAACCCUUCCUGUACGUGCUGCCUGAGAAAUUCGGCGGCUUCCCCAAAGGCACCGUGCUCCUCUCCGGCAGCGCAAUCCCCACCGACCUCAGCCAGACCCUCAUCGAGCUGUACGCUUCGACCGACCGCGGCAAGACGUGGAAAUUCGUCUCGCACAUCGCGGCUGGCGGUGAAGCUGUGCCCAACAAUGGACUCACGCCUGUCUGGGAACCCUUCCUCAUGCUGCACAACCAUAAAUUAAUAUGCUACUACUCCGACCAACGCGACAACGCGACCCACGGCCAGAAAAUGGUGCACCAGACCACGCUUGAUGGCAAGACAUGGGGCCCCGUCGUCGACGACGUCGCAUACCCAACCUACACCGACCGCCCGGGCAUGCCCACCGUCGCGCAACUCCCCAACGGAAAAUUCAUAAUGACCUACGAGUACGGCGGCGGCCCCACCUCCAUCUCCGCAUACCAGUUCCCCGUGUACUUUAAAAUCGCCGCCGAUCCCGAGGCCUUCGGCGCAGUGACAGGCGUCCCGCUCGUCGUGUCCGACGGCACGAUUCCCACGGGCUCGCCGUACGUGGUGUGGAGUUCCGUUGGCGGGAAAAACGGUACGCUGAUUGUUAGCUCGUCUGGUGCGGUGGCGGGGACGGGUGGACGGGGGAACGGCACGCAGGUUUAUAUUAAUCAGAAGUUGGGCCAGGGGAAUUGGACGAUUGUUGAUACGCCCGAGGGCGCGAGUUAUACGAGGCAUUUGAGGGUGUUGAGGGAUCAGAAGAGGUUGUUGAUUAUGGGCGGGGGGGUGCUGCCGCCUACUACGGAGAUUAAUAGGGUUACGGUUAGUGUUGUGGAUAUUUCGAGGUGGAGGGCUUGA